GAAAAAUCUCCUUUUAUGACGUAUCCAUACUUGUUUGCAUUACUUAAACCUAUAUUCCAGAACUGUUAUUCUUUUCUUGCAUUAGACUUUUUCGCGGCAAAUCAUUUGGGAGCAGGGACAGCAAAAUGUUGAAAACGUUCCUGACACUAGUUUUGCUUCCUGUCUUUUUAACAUUCCCCGGAUUUUCUGAAUGCCGGCUGCCAAAACAACCUCACAUAAUAUUUAUCUUAGCAGACGAUCUCGGUUGGAAUGACGUUAGUUUUCAUGGUAGUCAACAGAUUCCUACUCCGAACAUCGAUGCCUUGGCAAAAGAUGGCGUCAUCUUGAACAACUAUUACGUCCAACCAAUCUGCACACCGUCAAGGGCAGCUCUAAUGACAGGGAAAUAUCCAAUUAAGCUUGGUCUUCAACAUUAUGUAAUUUCAGUAAAUAGUCCGUAUGGACUACCUCCUAAUGAAACAAUAUUGCCUCAGUACCUGAAACAACUUGGAUACGCAACACAUGGAGUAGGAAAGUGGCAUUUAGGUUUCUUCAAAAAUGAAUACCUUCCUGUGAAUAGAGGUUUCGAUUCUUUCUUUGGUUAUUGGUCCGGGUUUGAAGACUAUUUUACACAUAUUGCACAAGAGGAUGAUGUCUUUGGACUUGACUUUCAUGACAACAACGAGGAUGAGUGGGGGUAUUUUGAAACGUAUGGAACAGAGAUUUUCACCAAAAAAGCAGUCGAUAUCAUUCAGAGUCAUGAUCCUCAACAACCUUUGUUCCUGUACUUCUCUCACCAAGCUGUACAUGUUGGGCGUGAAGAGGAGCCUUUUCAAGCACCUGAAGAAUACAUUAAUAGGUUUUCCCACAUAAACGAUCCAGAAAGAAGAAUUUUCGCAGGUAUGGCAUCAGCUAUGGAUGAUUCAAUAGGAGAAGUGUUUUCGGCAUUAGAUAAAGCGGGCAUGUUAGAUGAUUCAAUAAUUAUAUUUUCAACUGACAAUGGUGCAGAAGUUGCUGCAGUAAAUAAUGCUACUGGAUCCAACUUUCCUCUACGGGGAGCUAAAUUUACUUUGUUGGAAGGAGCAAUAAGAGGCACCGCAUUCGUUUGGAGUCGCUUUCUACGAAAUAUGAGAAAGGUUUCUAAUGAACUGAUGCAUAUAACCGACUGGUUACCAACUUUGUUAGCAUUAGCAGGAGGAAACCCAGCAGAACUUCAGGAUAUAGAUGGCUUCAAUCAAUGGUCAUCAAUAUGUUGUGGAGGUACGUCAAAGAGGAAUGAGAUUUUACUAAAUAUUGAUCCAAAGUGGAAAAUAGAUGGAAUUCGAAAAGGAAAAUACAAAUUAGUGAAGGGAACUUGCUUCGAUGGUCUUCUUGAUACUUGGUUUAACAAAGAAGGCAAGCCUACAUAUGGUGAUGACUUUACUGAAGAUGAACUCAAAAUGCAUAAACAGGUAUAUAAAGAAAGUGCUCAGAAAUCUUUGAUUCAACGUAUUUUGCUGAAAAACUAUGGCAAGAAAUCCUUUGACCAUUUCUGUAGCCCGCCAAUAAACUUUCAGAAAAACUCGCAGAAAACUGGAAAAUAUAUCAGGACAUGCGAUGAAAAGCAUGAUAAAUUCGAGGAAAAUAUUGGAAAUUGCAUUUGUCCUGUGAUUGUAGAUUGUGGAUGUAAUGUGUUCAGAGAAUGCAACCUUGAUCUGGAAGCAUGUCUCUUUAAUGUGGAAGAAGAUCCUUGUGAAUAUAAUAAUAUAGCAGCUUUUGAACCAGAGAUUGUUGCAGAAUUGAAGGAAACAUUGGAGUACUAUAGACUUAAAUCUGUGCCAAUAGCGAAUCAGCCUAUAGAUUCAUGUGCGAAUCCUAAAUAUCAUGGUUACUCUUGGGUUCCUUGGAAAUCAAAGACUUCAUGUAACGACAAAUUUGAGUGACAUUAUUUUUCAAAAGUCAGCUCAAAAUAUUUCUCAACAUCAGAAUAUAAUCCUUCACCAUACGGGAUGAUGUAUUUGCACAGUGACAGUGCAACUAUAUUAUCCAUUUGUAGUUCAUCAACCUGUGCAAUGAAGCUUGAAAUACUAUGUAAUUAAUUAGUUGCUGAUAAUUGAACGCUAUAAUAGUGUAGUAAGACAACAUACAUGUGUAAAUAUCAUCAUAAAACUUUCCUGGGACUCAGAAAAUCUACUUUUAUUAUAUUAAGAACUAUGUUUAUUAUUGUGUGAAUUUAAUGUGUGUGCAAUAAAAAUAUUUUUGUGAUUUA